ACUGAGACAUGCUGAGCAAAGGCCGGAGCCCCAGAAGAAAACAAGUACAGACUCAGAGGAAAGCUGCCCUGGUCCUGAGUGUGACUCCUAUGGUCCCCGUGGGGUCUAUGUGGUUGGCAAUGAGCUCUGUGCUGUCAGCUUUCAUGAGGGAGCUCCCUGGCUGGUUCCUGUUCUUUGGGGUCUUCCUCCCCGUGACUUUGCUGCUGUUCCUCCUCAUCGCCUACUUCAGGAUCAAACUGAUUGAGGUUAAUGAAGAACUGUCCCAGAAUUGUGAUCGCCAACAUAAUCCCAAGGAUGGCUCUUCCCUGUACCAGAGAAUGAAAUGGACGUGAAGUUGGGGACUUUCCAAUAACUAAAGCACAAUGAGUUUCUACUGGUCAGCAAGCAAUGGUCAACAGUUCAGCUAAUAAAGUAGGUUGAUAAACUAGAACCAUAGCAAAAUAGAAAGAAUACUAAGAUACUCAUUCUGAACCAUACUGAAAAGUGGCAGCUAUUAUCUAAGGGGACUUCUCAGAGACUCAGUAUAACAGCAGCUCUUGAAAAGUACCAAGAAUGGAUUUCCUGGGUAUAUACACUGGACACAUUGUAACUUUUUAACUUUUAUUGUGACUGUGUCUGCUCUAAACGGCAUAUUUAAAAAAUAAAAUUCUGCAGCAUCUUACUACAUAAUCCCAUAGGAACCCCUAUUAUUCCGAUUUUAGAGGUGAAGAAACCUUGGUAGAGAUCCAAUGAAUAGCAAAAGAUGAAUGCCUUGGAGAGAGCUCAGUAGAUUCCAUAUGCAAGAAUAUUUCCACAUUCUUCUUGCAGUUCAGCAACUCUUAAGUGACACAGUUCAGGUAUCAUUUUUGGACCUGACUUUGCUUCUCUCCUUUUCCUGAUUGCUUUCACAAAUCAUUACUGUCACAAAUAUGCACAAAACAAGUGGAGUAUCCCCACACUAGGUAUGGAUCACCCACAAAUGUAGCUUUCAGCCUGAUGCGACCUGGAAAUGUUGGCAAUUUGGUAAUGGGAAAAGGAAAGGACAGAAUGUUCACAUAAUUCCUGAGGAGAAUACAAGUCUUUGCCUGUAAUAUCAAAAUACAGGGAGCUAUAUCUAACUAUGCGGAUAAGUCAACAUUUCACUACAGUUCUUCUUUUUCAGUGGGAGCCCCAAAGAGACAACACAGGUAAUUGAAAAGAAACUUAAUUCUAGGGGUAGUUAAACUAGACUGUGGUUACUGUUGUGCUCCCCACAUUCUUCCAGUUAACAUAAAUCAAAGAUGUUCAAUGCAUUCUAAGUGUAAGACUGGUUACAUUCCAAUCUUUGUGCAGGACAUUAACAGGCUGAGUGAUCCACUUUAUAAAACAUAAUGAAUGUGGUCACCUGUAAGAAAUGCACCUGUUUCAGUAGUGGCUUACAGUCAUACAAAAGGUUGUGUGGAUGACCCAAAGCAAAAAUAUACCAUCAGUGCUGGGUUUUUACUUCUUCCCCUCAGCCCCACCCUAAAAUUCUUGACACCCAUUCCGUGAGUAGUUUCCACUUGCACUUCUUGCAUAAUAUAAAACUUAUUGCUAGAAUAAAGACACUCACUUCUGCAUUUUACUGCACUUGAUUACAAUGAAAAUGUCUGCCGGGGUUUUCAGACUGAACUAAUUCAGAGUAACAGUGUUCUUGCCAUAUGGAAGGAAUAACAAUAUUCUUUCAGUUUUGGGAGAGAUCUCUUUUUAGCCCCUGGUGGAAAUCAGCUUAUGUAAAAAUGCUUUCUUUAACAGAAAGUGUGAAAGGACAGAUCGUAUUCCUAUCUCAGGCAGCUGCCAGCCACAUUUGUGGCUCAGCUAUCAAGGUUUGCUCCAUCUUCAUCCAAUAAUGGGCACUUCAGAAGGCCAGUUCCGGCUCUGGUGGGUGCUGGUCCACCAUCUCAGCUAUUGUGAUAACAGAUGAGCUCUAUAUAGACAUGUUUUCAGCACCAAGCACUACCAAGUACUUUAGAACAAGGCCUGUUUCUUUUCUGCCAUCCAAUGAGAGCAGAGAAUCUCCAAUGAAACUGACUAGAUUUAUGAAUGUUUUUUAUAUGUAGAGAGGGGCAGAAACAUGUUCAUUUUCCCAUGAAGGAACAAGUCCCAAGGGUUUAUCAUCUGCCUGAAGGCACUGCUAACGAAUUUGUCAACUCCUUUAUCCAGCACAGCUUUACCAAGCAGCUGCACAGUCAGGCCUUUGCACUUCUCAUUCUCAUAGGUCCAGUUUAAGAUCUCAUUCAGUCCUGAAUUGCUUCGGUCCUUUGCAUUCCUGCUGUCUUGGCCUCCACCUAGAUCAAGUCGGCAGUCUCCCUAUAUUACCCUACAUUCAGCUGCAUCCUAUGCUCCAAGGCCUUUCACCAGGGGCCAGAAAUGCUCCCACAACCCUAAAUGGUCUCACUACAACAGUUCCUAAUCUUAUUCCAAAUGCUAUAGUAUCUGAAACGGUUCACCAAUAGGGAUAAUGUUUCUCCAACUGGAGACCUUCAAUAAAACACUUUAAUAGGUGCUUUAA